UUGUUUCUUUUUAUUUUGCAGUGGAAAUGUUGAGCGUAAUGAAUCUCUGUUUGAUAACACCCUCAUCCUUACAAUGCCUUUGAAACAUGAAGUGGACACAGCCAUUACAGGGUCGAUUUCCCCAACUUCCUUUAUUUAUGGUGAUUCAGUGGAUGCAUCAAAGUUUAUUCAAUUGGAGGACAUGUCCUGCCUUUUUCAACCUUUUAAUUUGACAUUUCAGGUUAUAAACAUGGGCCCAAGCGGUGCACCAGAACUUGCUGUGCAAAUUAUGAUUCCCAGUAGACUUCUUACAAAUGGAGCUGACAUCUUUCUCAUCCAGGAUAUUGUGGUGAGUACAUAGCACCAUCAAUACUACUGCAGUGUCCUGCUGGCUUUGAGCAUGUUGCUUGAAUCAGUUUUUAAACCUCAUUGGCACAUAUAGGUAUCAUUGUUUGCAAAAUCAUAUGUUGCAGAUAGUUAAACUUUGUAAAUCUCUGGGCUGAAGGUAAUUUUUUUUUGUUUAUGUUCACUUUCUAGACCUAGAUUGUAUUAAUUUUUCCUUUAUGUCAGUUCAUAUUUGUACAUUACUGGCACUGUUUGCAAACAAUCAAUUUGUCCGGCCUCAGAACUCUUUAUUCACUCGUUGCCAAAGAACUAGUUCUCAGAUUAUUUUUAGUUGCUUUUUGACUCUAUGUAAUGAAGGGUUGGCAAGUAGACUCUACUGUAAGAUGCAUCUUUUACUGAAAAGUGUACAGUGACCCUUUAACAGCACAUUUAAGUUUGAAGAUGAUGUUUUGCUUAUUUCAAACCUGUAACUACCAACAAGCCCCAUAUUAUUCAUGCUGCUAAUAGGGACAAUUUGUCUUCAUUACACCUAGCACACCCUGAAAAUAUAGCAACAUACUCAGUAAAGGGAAUCACAAUUGACAGGGUCCUGAACCUCUCAGCCCUUCAUAGGGCAGAAUGACAUGAAAGGGGUGAUCAGAAAAUUGGGCAUCGCGCCAGUGGUACAAUUCCAGAUGCCCUGUUGCAAUUUUAACCAGUGAUGAAAAAUCCUUGAGUAACUCACCUGUGGCCAAUUGAGGCCUAUAAUGCUCAUUCAAAGUGGGAUGUUAAACAUGGCGGGGAAGCCAGCACCAUGCAUCUAGUCCAUGAACUGAUGAGGCAGAGAGGAGGGGGAGAGCGUGCCUCUUUUCUGGGUACCCUGUGACAAUCUGAAGCCCCCAAACACAAUGUGUCCCAUGCUAAUCGGCUGACUGACCCCUCCUGUCUUCACCCUGUAUCUUCACCCUCCCUUGUUAGGGCCUGUUAGCCUGGGUCUGGGGAGAUUGCAACUUAUCUUCAAAUCCCAGCUCAAUUGCAGCUCUCAUUCUCCAUGACAGUAUGAAGGCCUAUCCUUGUGUUUGUUAAAUGUCCACAUUCACUGUGCCAGCUGGCUAACUUGGCUUUUAUAUUAGAGUGUAUGGGGUGUGUCAACUUGGGCCAAAUGAUCUCCUUUAAAGUUUAACCAAAGCUUGUUAAUUAACUGUCAGUCAUCAGCUAAUCUAUGCAUCCU